UUUUAUGUCUUCUACUCAUUUUUUAAAUCUAUUGUUGGUUCUUGUUGAUUUCCAGAAGCUUUUUAUAUACUGUGGAAGUCAGGCUUUGUUGGGAGUUUUCAUUGGCUUAGUUCCUGUUUUCCUGUGUGAAGUGUUUGUGGGCAGGUGUUUUAUAUUUAUGUGUUGUCAGUUAUUAAUCUUUUAAUUAAAGGCUCCUGGAUUUAAUGUCAUCCUACACGCACACUGAGAUGUAUGCUUAAAGCACACUAUUAAUAUAAGGUCAUUAUGGGGAGACUAGGGUAGGAAAGGUCCCCUGUGCUGUUUGUGACUUCCCUGUAAAUAUAAAAGCAUUCCAAGCUAAAGGAUUUUUAAAAUAUUUACACACAAAGCUGGAAAAAGUAAGAUGUACGCUUUUCCUGUGUAGUCUCCUUGCUUUUUUUUUGGGGGGGGAGAGCAGUCAGGAUCUCACUAUGUAGCCCAGGCUGUCCUCAAACUCACAGGGAUCUCCCUGCCUCUACCUCCCAAGCACUGGGAUUGAAGGCUGAGCCACCAAAAUGUCACUUGUGCUGAAUUUUUAGAAUGUUUUGCUUGUUUCUCUCUGUGGAGUCAAAUUUAACACCUUCUAGAAUGUUCUCUCGACAGCCAUUCCUGGGUGAGUGUGCGUCAGAAGUCCUGUGACAACAUCGUCUUACAAGGCACCAGGGGACAGAGACACUGAGACUUGGGAAGGGACAGGAUUGCGGGUGACAAGGCCCAGAGUUAGUGUGUCAGAGGACCGACUGCUCCAUCCUGUCCGGGGGAGGGAGGGGAAGAGGUGUGUUUGUGUAAGCACCCUGAAGUGAUAGCACCUCCAAAAUGGCUCCGCCUUCCCACCAGGCCCUUGCUGGACUAUGUUGGGUAGUGGCCAUGGGCAAAUGGGAUUGUGACGCUUAGCCAUCCCCUGAAGACCUAGCUUCGAUGGCCACGUGAAUGGCAUUCUCCCAGUCCAAACCCAUCUGGGGUCUGUCCCCCUUGCUCAGGCCAUGGCCACAUAGGCUGGAGAAUCUGUCCCCUGUCCCCAGCAAGAGGACCAUGGGUGGCAAAGGCCCAAGACUGAGGUUUCUCUGGGGCCCACCAGCCCAAAGCCAGUGCAGUGCCGAUUAGGGAGGGAGCUCUGGCAAUGGGUGGGCACACGGCCCGCCCUGCUCCCCUCUUCUCUCUAACCUUGCUCCCUCCACUCCAGCAACAAGGGCCAACUCCCGGCUCCUCCCACUCACCAGGACCCCUCCUGCUCUGGGGUCUUUCCAUAGCUUACAUUCUCUGCCCCAGGGCCUUUGCGCAGGCCUGCUGUGCCUGCGCAGCGGGAAAGGUUGCCAUGGAGGCCAGGGCUGGGCCAGCCAGCGUCACCACCCCCACCUCCCCCCACCCGGUGAGGUGCUCCUGCGGCAGGGGCGUGCCUGGAAGCGGCGGAGGGGCGGGGGCGGCUGGCCCAGCCGGUCCGGCAGGUGCCGGCCUGCCGAGUCGGGCUGGCGGCGGCCAUGGAGGGGCUGCGUCGCGGGCUGUCGCGCUGGAAGCGCUACCACAUCAAGGUGCACCUGGCCGACGAGGCGCUUCUGCUGCCGCUGACCGUGCGGCCCCGCGACACGCUGAGCGACCUGCGCGCGCAGCUAGUGGGCCAGGGCGUGAGCUCGUGGCGCAGAACCUUCUACUACAACGCGAGGCCGCUGCCCGACCACCAGACGGUGCGGGAGGCGCGCCUGCAGGACGGCUCCGUCUUGCUGCUGCUCAGCGACCCCAGGUGACCAGGGACCUGGGCGAGGGCCUGGUUGGGGCUGGAGGAGAUGGAGCCAUGAUUUUGGGAACGCAAGGUGCUGGCUGAGGGAGCAAGCUGGGCCGGAGGGAACCACAGGCUCUCUCUUCCUGGGAACCCAGCCUUAUUCCAGGUGCUGGGCUCCCAGGUGGAUGCGACACCCCGGCCCUGCUGAUGCCCACUGCCUCCCAGAUGCUGUCAUCCAGCCCUCCAGCGAGGAGUCUUAAUGGUUUCUCCGUGGCCUUGGAACCCUCCCCCUCUCCCGGGAGCCUCCACCACCUGGAUCUUCUGCCACCCCCGCAUCCAGGAAGCCCUCCAGUCCACAGAUGCAGUUCCUUCUCUGGGGACCCACAGGGCUCCAGCUGUGAACAACCCUAGCUCCAGGAGGAUCUGCUGGGUUCCUGACCAAGGAGACUCUGAUCCGGGGGGGCCUUGGUGACCCCACGCAUGUGCAAAAUCGGACACAUACUGUGGCUGCUCUGCUCCGCAGCCUCGGUGUUGGGGGUGCCGUGCUGGGCCUCCGUGUGCCCCCUGGUGCUGCGGACCGCAUGGUGAGCCCAGAAGGAAACGGCGUUUUAAUUAAGAGUUGUACAGGCCUCGGGGUGCAGAGCUGGGCAGGUGGGGACUGAAUGUUGGCCUUGGAGAGCUGGGUUGCUGGGCACGUGCAGCUGCGCCAGGCCCUGGGGGUCUGGGCUCCUCUCUGCCUCCCCAGUCUCCAUUGCUCCACUGUGGGGGGAAGCUGCAGUCCCCGUGGGGUUCCUUGGCCCUAGCCACAGGGAGAGAUGGUGUGGGGGGGAGGGCUGGCUUGGGGGCAAGAGAAAGAGCAUUUUUUGACAUUUAACAAACACUAUGCAAAUUGCAUGCAAAUUGCAUGCAAAUCACCACUCGUUCCUUAAGCAUGACAGCCUUGGCAUGUUCAGAAAUAAUAAUGUAGGGCCUGUCUCCUGGUGCCCGUCCAGCAGCCUCCCUCCUCUGCUCUCCGCCCUCCUCUACCCUCCUCCCUCCCUCCCUCCUUCUCUUCCCAUCUUUGAUCCAAGGCCUCCCAGCCUGUAGCCGAGGUAAACAGUACGAUUGGCCGAUUGGCCGCCCACAUCUUGUUUUUGUAGAGCCAAGGCCCACGGAGGCCCUGGGUCUGGCUUGAGGUCCCAAAGCCACAGUUUGGAAAGCAUGUGGCCUCUCUCCAGCCGUCAUCAGAAGCCACUUUGGACAGAACUUGUGACCCACAGAGAAAAGUGACAGCCGAGGAGGCCCCAGGCCUGUGGCGGCUUGCAGUCAUCCCAGGAGGUGUUGAGGGUCAGGCUGCUGAGUAUGCACGGCCACAAGUUCAUCCUUGUUCCUUUCCUCCUGAGGUCUCCCUGAAUUCUGCCCACAGGCCCUUCUGCUUUUAUUUUUUCAAACUCCUAUUUAUCCUACAAAGGCCUACUUUCAGUGCCCCAUUUUUACAGAGCCGUUCCUGAUACUCCAAUAAUAGCCCCCAGUUCCCUCUGGGCCCUGCUAUGCCAGCACUGUGCUCCUGUCCUAGGCCUGAGUCAUGAGACCAGGUGGUGUCGGGCUCAUUCCACCUGGGUGAACUCACGGCAGGAGCUCCAAGGUCAUCCAGUCUGGGUUCUAGGUACAGGGGGCAUUUUGAACGUGUAUCAAAUAAAAGACUGAAGACAAGCAGGUGGUCCCUGCAGUGACA